UUUUUAUUGGUUUUAAGACAACUACAUUUGUUCAAAAACUAUGAAUGAGAUUAACCUAAACGUUAUAUCUUCUUAGCCCCAGGGGGCGGUAAUGCAACUUGAAGGAGGGCAACCGCCCGCCAAUUGACUCCAAAAAGAAGACGAAGAAGAACAAAGCGAUGUUUUGAAUCACUCCCUUAUUUAUCGUUCUGUUGAGUCUUUUUUUUUUCCUGAAAAAUCCACAGCCUGGUUUAUCCUGAUGUCUUAAGAAUGAAGCUGGUGGACAUUAAGAAGUUAAAAGUGGCCGAACUGCGGUCCAAACUAACCGAACUGGGUUUGGACAGUAGAGGUUUGAAGGCUGACCUGGUGGACAGACUAUGGUCAGCCUCGCAGUCAGUACAGAGUCCAGAACAUGUAGAACUGCUGGAGGGCAGCUCAUCAACACCCUCUGGACCGACGGAACCAGUUGAAGUUCAGGUUCGGACCGAGUCCUCAUCACUGCCGGUGGUCGACUGUGCCGCUGCGCCGUGUGAAGUAGACCGGGGUAGAGAGUACACAGACACUGCCACUCAGACUGAGCCACAACCCGGUCCACCAGCGGUACCACCGGGUUCUGAGUGCCGUUCAGGGACCGAGACUGUCUGCCAGGCGGAGGGCAGGCAGCUGGGGUAUUCAGAUGGUCCUCUCUCUGAGGAAACGGGCAGAGGAAGAGCUUUCUACGAGUUCAAGGAGGAGAUACGAUACAAAAGAUCCAAAUCACCACAGCUUCAACAGGACAAAGGCGAGGAAAAGUGGGAUGAAGAUAAAGUUAGAUUAGAUCCAUACGGCUGUCACCUCCACUUUGAAGUGAGCUCUGAUGGGUCCUGGGGGCAGCCACGGUUCUGGGAUCGGUUCCCGUUGCUCUGGUCCGGCUGCAGGCUCACCCACGGGGUGCGGAAGGGACGGGUGGGGUUUGAGGUUCGGGUGGAGAGGAGGUUGCUGACUGCUGACCAAGAGGUCAAGGAUCCAUACGGACUGAGAGUGGGCUGGUCUGUGGGCGACUCCUCUCUGCUGCUCGGGGAGGACGAGUUUUCUUUCGCUUACGAUGGACGCGGUAAAAAGGUUUCUGAUGGAACCCAAGAGGAGUACGGUGAGCCUCUCUCUGAGGGGGACAUCAUUGGCUGUUAUGCUGCCUUUUCUGCAGAUGGCGCUGUUGAGUUGUUUUUCCAUAAAAACGGUCGUUUCCUGGGCACAGCUUUCUCCCUGAGUGCCUCUCUGCUGCGGGGUCGAGCCUUGGUUCCUCAUGUUCUCUGUAAGAACUGUUCGGUCCGAUUCCUUCUGGACCACAUAACCCCUCAGUGGUACCCUGGACCAAUGGGAUUUAUGCCGCUGACAGCGCUCCCUGCUGGCCAGAGAGUGCGCAUCACAUCGGCUCCUACCUCCAGAAUGCAGUCUGAGGUGGUGAUGAUGGUGGGUCUUCCCGGCUCUGGGAAGAGUUUUUGGGCUCAGACGCUGAUGAAGCAGCAUCCAGAGAAGAAGUACAGACUGCUGGGGACAGAAGAUCUGCUCGCUUGUAUGCUUAGUGGUGGUCAGAGAGACAGCAGGCUGCAGCAGGCCUCCCAGUGUCUAACUGAUCUCAUUAAAGUCGCUGCCAAGACGCCUGGAAACUACAUCCUCGACCAGUGCAACGUCCUCUUCUCUGCACGUCGACACAAGCUGCAGCUGUUUGCAGGCUUCAGGCGGCGGGUGGUGGUGAUCUUCCCGUCUGCCGACGAGUGGAAAACACGACUGUCGCAGCGUCGAAUGAGCGACGGCGAGCAAAUCCCUGAGACUGCCCUGCUCAAACUCCAAGUGAGCUGCAGUCUCCCAGAACCGCAGCCUGACCUGAUUGAGGAGUUACAGUACGCAGAGCUGCCGCAGGAACAGGCACAAAUCCUCCUGACGCAGUACAAAGAGGAGGCUCACAGACUGCUGCCUCCUGUCAUCAAACCAGACAAGAAACCCAGAUGGAACAAGAGAAGACGUCACUUUCUCUGUCCUCCACCGUCAAAUGGGAUGCAGUGGGGAGCUGUUCAUGGUUGGCACAACACAAGAAGUGACAUGCAGCCUUGGAGUCAGCAACCAGAGGCCAGACAUUGGAACCUGCCUUAUCAGCAGCAGAACUACAACUACAGCAGAAGUUUCGGUUUGAGCGGCUACCAGAGUUACUCCUGAGGAAACAUGAAAC